CUUCUGCUGAUUAUUUGUUUGAAAUAAUGAGAAUGAAACAGCAGGCUAGUAAGGCCUUAAACAACAGCGUGCGCCACUACACUACACACCCGGCUAAAAAGAAAGAACUACUUCCUGGGUCAAAGUUGAAAAAAAAAACCGAGUCACGUGACGUUGCCAGGGGGUUUUUUUUGGUGUGGCGAGUUGCUAUGGUAUCUUUAGCGGAAGUGCUGUGCCUGUGUGUUGUGUCUGUGCUGUGGGGAGGCACCAACCCUUUCCUGAAAAAGGGUACUGAGGGCAUAGAAAGAGUUAAGGAGUGCAACAUUGUCCGGCAGGUCGUAGCCGAAAUUAAGUUUCUGUUCCUCAACGUCCAGUAUUUGGUGCCCUUCCUCUUAAAUCAAAGUGGAUCAGUAGUGUAUUAUUGUACACUUGCCACCACAGAUUUGUCACUAGCUGUGCCUGUAACCAACUCUCUCACCUUCCUGUUCACACUACUUACAGGAAGGUUCCUAGGUGAAGAGUUGGGAGGAAAACGAGCUGUCUUCGGGAUGUUUCUCACUAUGAUUGGCGUUACGUUAUGCGUGGCGAGUUCUGUGGGUGAGAUGACCCAGAAUGACCAGACUUAAAAUAGAUCACAGGCCGUCUGGAAGGAAGAGGAUAAUAUGGAUCGAUAAUACACCAAUGGGAUCAAGAAUCUGAAAUGUUGCAUAUGGAAUUGAGGGGCUAUCAUCCACCAGGUGGUUCUGUAUAAUAACUUAUGAAUCCAGCCUUUGUGUGGUCCUGCUUUCUUGCACUGGAGGAUCUGAAUGUGGAUGUGGAGUUUCUCCACUUGUAUAGCGUCAAACCCAGAUACUAUAAAAAAAAGGAAAAGCUGCUACUUGAGCAAGUUUGACAAAGGAGUCACUUCUUGCUGCUCAGGAAAUUCCAAGUGAAGGAAGACUAUUUGUUACAACAACAGAAAUGUUUAAUGCCUUUUUCACAUCAUUUAUCAACACAGCUUUAAAGGUUUUCUUUAUCCAUUCUUUUCAUUGUAUAAAUAUUGAACUGUGUUUUUUUUGCUUUGUACAAAUAUGAGCCAUUGUGUCAGAAUGUUUUGUUCUGGUUUUGUUAUCACCCAGGCUGAAUAGUGGGUAGAGAGUAGUAUUACUCAACUGUGAUGUAGAAACAACUGACCAAAAUGUGUGUUGCAUAUUUUGGGAGACUAAAUCUCAAUAAGUGGUGAAUUUUAACAAUUUAAAAAUAAAAUUUGGACACUUUUUGUAA